AAAUGCAAGCGAUAAUAGUACAAGCUAUAGUGCAAAGAGGUUGAAGGUAGAUAAUGUCGACCAGUGAGCUCGCCUGCACUUACGCGGCUCUAAUCCUCCACGAUGAUGGAAUCGAGAUCACCGCUGAGAACAUAUCAAAACUGGUGAAAACAGCCAAUGUGAAUGUUGAGUCAUACUGGCCUAGCCUCUUUGCUAAGCUUUGCGAGAAGAAGAACAUCGAUGAUCUCAUCAUGAAUGUAGGAGCCGGUGGUUGUGGUUUGGCUGGUCCAGUUACCGCUGCUGCUUCUGCCGCUUCUCAAUCAGCCUCUUCUCCUAAGGAGAAGAAGAAUGAGAAGGAGGAGAUCAAAGAAGAGAGUGAAGAUGACAUGAUAAUCGGAUUGUUUGACUAGAAGAGCUUCUUCUUCUUUCUUUCUAUUGAAUUCUUUUUCUUUUGUACGUUCUAAGCGAAACCUUUGUCUUGUCUGCUUUUGAGAAGCUUUUAUUUGCUUCCAAAUUUUAUGAAUA